AUGGACAGGAAUCUUAAGAAUGUUUUGAUCAUUUCUUUUGGAUUUUUACUUCUCUUCACUGCUUAUGGAGGACUCCAGAGUCUACAGAGCAGUCUCAACUCAGAAGAAGGCCUGGGCGUUGCUUCCCUAAGCGUUCUCUAUGCGGCGCUCAUCUUAUCAUCCAUGUUCCUCCCUCCAGUCCUCAUCAAGAAGCUGGGCUGCAAGUGGACCAUCGCAGGCUCCAUGUGCUGCUACAUCGCAUUCUCCUUAGGGAACUUCUAUGCUAGUUGGUACACACUAAUCCCUACCUCUGUGAUCCUGGGCUUAGGAGGAGCACCACUCUGGUCCGCCAAAUGCACUUAUCUCACCAUUGCUGGUACUUCAUACGCCAUGAAAGCAGGAAAACAUGCAAAAGACAUUAUCAACCAAUACUUUGGGGUCUUCUUUCUGAUAUUUCAGUCCUCUGGCAUCUGGGGAAAUCUUAUCUCAUCCUUGAUAUUUAGCCAAGCUUCCACUGAAGUGGAAAUCUCAGAAGAAAAUCUGGCAUGCUGUGGAGCAUAUGACUGCAUGACUGAUACCAGCAACACCACUGGGUCAGCAGAACCCUCCAACUCCUUAAUCUACACUCUGCUAGGGAUCUACACUGCUAGUGGUGUGCUAGCUGUGUUGCUGAUUGUUAUAUUUCUGGACCAGAUCAAAUCUGACCAAGCAGAGACUGAAAAAGAAAUACUUGAGACACCAUCCUUUUGGUCUACGUUCCUAGCAACUUUCCAGCAUCUUAAAGAUAAAAGACAGUGUCUUCUAAUCCCUCUGACAAUGUACAGUGGGUUUGAACAGGGAUUUCUUUCUGGUGACUACACAAAGGCAUAUGUGACCUGUGCCCUGGGCAUACAUUACGUUGGUUAUGCCAUGAUCUGCUUUUCAGCUGUAAAUUCCCUCUGCUCCCUGCUCUUCGGAAAGAUCUCUCAGUUCACGGGCAGAAAACUUCUGUUUGCAUUAGCCGCAGUUGCAAACACUGCCUGUAUAAUAGCGCUAUUGCUGUGGAAACCUCAUCCUAAGCAGCUUGCUGUGUUCUUCGUAUUCCCUGCUCUUUGGGGCCUAUCUGAUGCCAUUUGGCAGACACAGACUAAUGGACUCUAUGGCAUUUUAUUUGAGAAACACAAGGAAGCUGCCUUUGCAAACUACCGUCUCUGGGAAUCACUUGGAUUUGUCAUUGCCUAUGGUUAUAGCACCAAACUGCAAGUCUACAUCAAACUGUACAUCUUACUGUCUGUGCUUGUGUUGUCUAUGGUGACAUAUGGAGCAGUUGAAUUCCUUGAAGCUAAGAGCUCCCCUGGGUCACCUACUGCUACAAAGAAGAAAAAGGUAGGACCCCUCACUCAAGAAACACACAUGUAA